AUGUUGCCGCGUUGGGCAUUGGAGCACAAAUUUCAAGAUGAAACCAGGAAUCGCACCAUCACAUACCACGAUUUGUGUCCAAAUACCCCUAUGAUAUUCUUUAAUCACUAUUGGGAGGAACUCCCCGAUGCUCCGGACUGGCCAGCAGCUAAACCACUCUAUUUGAUGCCCAACAUGGAGAUGUACGAGCUCGAGAGCGAACACUAUUGGAGAGCAGAUGUGAUUCUCUGCAAAACAGCGCUUUGUGCGAGAUAUUUACGAAAAUGGUUCAAACAAGAGGGAAAUCCCAGAGGAACCAGAGUACUGUACACCCGCCACACGACGUCAAACUUAGCGUUAACGUACAAGAGCCAAUUAACGCCAAGCGAGAGAGAAGCGAGACCGGAGAAAAACUUUUCAGACGUGACGUUCCUCCACACAGCAGGCACGAGUAUCCAAAAGGGAACGCGACAGGUGCUGGACUGUUGGUUGUCCAGACCCGAUCUGCCUCGACUGGAGCUGCACAUGGCUCAGGAUCUUUUUGACGGUGCAUUUAAAGCGAAGUAUUCCAAGAGGAUAGACAACAGCAAGAACGUAGCUCUACACACAGGACGACUGGAACCUGCUGAGUUCGGACGUCUUAUCACCGAUGCCGCAUAUUUCAUGUGCCCGAGUUUACAGGAAGGUUACGGACACUACAUCAACCAGGCGCGGUCUUCUCGUGCACUGAUUUUUACGACGGAUGUACCGCCGAUGAACGAGUUGAUCACUCCGUCGUCUGGUGCGCUGAUCAGGGCGAGAUCCAUCGCACACGAGCCUCAGUUUUUAGGUGGAAAAUCCAAGAAGGAGCACGCUCUGAGAGGCGUCCCUGGUUUCGUUGCUGACUUUGGUGGUCGCUCGGUAUGUGAUGCAGUGACGAAGAUGUUGGAGACCACAACACCCGAAGAACGUGCCCAGCGCGCCGACAGGGCCUUGCAGCAAUACUACUUUGACACAGUCUUCUUCGCUCAAAAAAUGCAGGAACUCCGUGAUUUUGCGCGUGCUCACAGCCAUCUCGGCCGGUUGCACGGCACGUUGAGACGACACGGGGAUACGCCUCAACCGGCCGAACAGUGA